GGAGGAGGAUCAGCAAGGGCUCUUGUGACAAAUUUAGAAGAUGUUUAAUCACCUACUUCCCCCACUUGUUGUCCUCAUUCAGCUUUACUCUGUGGCUCAUCGCCCCCCCUCCUACUUGCAUGUAUUGGAGUAUCUUAAGUAUUAAUCUUAAAGGUGUCGAUUACUCUCCCAAUGUGACAUGACAUUAGCCCCAUUUACACCAGGAUUUCUUUCUCAGAACGUGGUGAACCUUUUCAUGUUCUUUAAAGCGUACAAGCAUUUAUUCAUAUCAUUAAAUAGAAAUUUGUCAUUUGAAAUGUGUAAUGGAAAGUUGUGAUUUGAUGAUUUUUAUUCAAAAUUUUUGAUUUUGAAAAUGUUUAUCUUUAUUUGCAGUUCAAUCUUUACCUUAUUUACCAAUAUACAAGUGAUAAAAUUAACCAUUUGAUGAGUGUAUUUUUAAAUGACUAAAUAAAGGAAUAGAGAUAUGAUACACUGACUAUGAAAUGAAAUUUGGAAAAAUGAAUAAAUAUUAAACAAACAUGAGUAAGUUAAUGAAAAUGGAAUGAAAACAAAGAUGAAUAUAUAUCAAUAAUUAAAUGAAGAAAAUAUGAUCAAAACUUCUUCCAUUAAAUCCCUGGGAUAAGGAAAUUUUGAAUGAUACCCCAUUCACACAAAAUAAACGGAUAACGAUAAAACAUGCAACCUCAAACUCUUCUAUGUAAAUGCAGGUUUACCUGUUGAAAGUUAAAAUGGCCAUGAAUUGCCUAAGCCUUGUAAACCUUGAUCAAAUAUUUAUGAGUCACAUAUUUUCAAAAAACAUUAAAGGUAAAUAAAGUAAUUGCAGCAAACAAUUAUUUCAUAAGAAAGCCUUUAAAAUCAAGUUUAAUUACCACCAUGUUAUAGAUCUAGAUCUGGUACAUUAAUGUAAACUUAUCUUUGUAAAAUCAUGAAAUCUUAGCUCAAAAUCGAUAAUUCUAAUGAUCACUAACACAGAAAAGCUAAUGUGGGACAGUGUAUUAAUAUUGCUUAAAAAAAUUACCCGACAUUAGAAUGGAAUUCCGUGCUUAUUUUGUUAAUUUCUCAGCAAUUCAGCAAUUUCUUCCAGAGUCAAUUGGCACAUAUUUUUUAUGUAUACAAACACUUGGGUGGUCAUUUUGUUGGAUUCUGUUCGAACUCAUUUUGAGAUCGUUACCACAACUGGUAUUUAUCUUUGAGCACAUUUAGAUACUGUAUAUUCAUGAAUGCACAAGUUUCUGAAGAAAACAAGAGGACAAUUUGAGUCAAAAUCUUACGUUUUCCCCAUAGUAUUUUUCAUAUUAUUCUCAGAGACAUGUAUAAUUCUUUCUUUAUAAUCAGUCAAAAUGUCCUGUUAAAGACUUACUAGAAACGAAAAUUAUGUGAUUCCAAACAUUUAUAAAGGCAGUACUCUGUCACCAAAGUGGAAAUGGUCAAUUUGACAAGAAAAAGGCCGAAGUAGGCAUCAUUUGUCACGUUGGAGGUAGACGCGCAACAAAGCACGUUGUUUCUCGGUCAGUUAGUCAAAGCCGUGAAACGAGCCCUCCAAGGGCAUCGAGCGCAGGCUUUUAAUAGCAGGAAGUUAGUUUAGGGACUCGAGUGGUGUACAUGAAUCAUCGUAUCAUCAAAGUAAAAACAGUUUUCUUUAUCUUGACGCUUGCUGAAAGACAGACAGGGUUCUGCUUCUCGGAGCAAACUGGCAAACCGAACGUAGUAGCACUCUGGGGAAUACCUAUCGGUUCACGCUGCUGCAUCUAUUUUGGAAACUUUACUUGUGACACCAUCAGUCUGUUACCGUACACUGUGAAGAUCAUCAUCCUGGAAUGGAUUCUUGUUGGAAUAAUUCCAUUUAUUAUUUCUGAGUGAUUUAACCUGUGGAUUUUCAUAGCAUCAGAUCUUCCGUUAUCUCUGUCUUUGGACUUCUUCCUAACUUCAUUUGCUCUACAUAUGCCUUGUUGAUAUUCAACGGUUCUUCCAUGCUUGGAAUAACGUCCAAAUUCGUACUUCCGUCUGCUUCUUUGAAACUGCAUCAUCUUGUUUGGGCGAAGCUAGGAGCAAUUAUCAACUCAUCUCUCCUCUCUCUCUCUCCCUCUCUCCUCAACUACGCAAAGCGGUGGCGGCCUCUAUUCUUAGAUAACCUAUUAGGAGUCUAAUUUAGGGUGUAGGUUGGGACGAAGGUGGGUUUAGGGGGUAGUUUUUAUUUACGGGAAUGAAAUUUGUAGAAUUAGUCUGUUAGGAUAGAGAGAUCAUAGGAAAACCCUCCCUCUCUUUCUUGUCCGAAUCUUCCAUGUCGGAAAAGUUCUUUAGUUUUCUCUGUUUGGGAAAAGUUAGGUAGUUCUCAUGCCUGUAACCCAUAUUCAUUCCUCGCUACAGAAGAGCUUUACGAGCAUCGGCGUCAAGGAGAGCCAAAAUGUCACAGCCGACAUGAAGAGAUUAAAAACAGAUAAUCCCGGUGAUGUCGACCUUGAUCUCAUCAAGUCAUCAAAGCUAUUAUCAAGCUCAGCGGCCAAACACAGAAUAUCUGUAGCCCCCUCUAAUAGGAGACCUAGUAAAAAAGCUCGUGCUCGGACGCCACAGAAGCGGUCCAGCAGUCGACUUGACGAUGCCCCCUCCCCAAUAGCAGAAGAGCCCUCUACCCCCACAAAGAGCCCCGCCCCUAUCGAUCUUGACAGUGAGUUACCUUUCCCCGGCGUGGCGCUUUCUACAAGCCCCGCCCAACAACAUUCCAAUGGCUCCACUUCCAAACCGAAGGGCCUGGGGCCCAUGGUCCUCCCCGCCCUGCCCCCGUUUGGCCCAAAGGGUAGUAGAGGUAGGGAAAUAGAAUCUACACCCAUCUCAGAUUCUUUAUCCAGAAAUUCAGAUUUACCCUCUGAUAGUGCAAUAUUCCCCCCUCAGAAAGCUGAGAGUGUAAGCGAUAGGAGUAAGAUAGAUGCCUUAGAGAAUCAGAAAAAUGGUCAGGACAUAGGAACAGAGAAGGGUAGGCAUGAUGAUAUAGAGAAGUUGCUUGAUGUUGAUCCAAGCUUGUUUGGGGAUGAUGCUAAGGUAAAGGAAGAUGGCAGUACUACUAAUAAGGUGGGAGGGGUGGAAGACAACGGUGAGGUGCCGUUCAAGCUUGGGGGAGAUGGGUUGAUGGACGCUGGUAGCGUGGAAGAGCAGGGACACGGAGGGGUUGGGGAAGGGUUGGGCAUUGCCGACUUGGACCUCCUGGUGGACCUGCCGGAUCCGCUGGAUCUGGGCAAGAACAUGUUCGGGGUGGAGACGAUCAUGGAGGAGGAUGAGGAGGUGGAGACAGGAGAGGAGAUGGAAGGGAGCGACGACUUCCUGGAGGACGAAUCCUCUGCGGAGGAGUUUGAGGUGGAGGAAGAGGCGAAGGAAAGAGUGAAAGUAGGGACUGUGGCCGCCAUGAUUAGUAGUGUCGAAGAAGAGAUAAGGAAGAGUCCGCCGGAAAAGGGCAAGGGUAAAGUGAUGGUUGUGGGGAGGAAGGAGGAGAAGAAAGAAGAAAUGCAGGAUGCUAUUAAAAUGGAGGAAGGAUUGGAUGUUGGGAAGAAAGAUGAGCUUUGUAGCUCGGUCAAAGAGGAUAAAUCCGAAUCACCAUCCUCGCAUGGAGUUAAGAGGGUGGUGGAUGAUCACGUUGCUAUGGAAACAGAUACCACUAAUAAUAAAGAUGAUGAUAACGAUAUUAAUGAUAGUAAUUAUCCAGGAAUCGGUGGAAGGCUCUCCCCUGAGGACUCAGUCAUGGGCUCUGUCAAGUUGACCCGUGAAGACAAGGAGGAAGGAGACGCACCCAAGAAUGAUGGAGUACCUAUUGUCAUCAUCGAGUCCCCAUCUUCGGAUGACCUCAAGACUAGCCUGGAUGCCACCCUUGAAGGGAACUCCCAGGAAGAAGUGGAGGAGGAGCCUAUGAUUCUGCCUCAGGUACCCAAAGAAGUCAUCAUCAUCAUGAAGGAUGACCCAGCCAAGAAAGAGGACGCAGGUACCAAAAAGGAACCAGAGAAAGAGGCGAAACCCAGCACCCCUACAACACCCGAACCGCCAGUAACACCGGUAGAGACGACACCCCCUGAGGAGGAUGCAGCUGCUGCGUCACAACCACCACCACAGAUGAAGAAAAAGGAGGAGGUGGAGAAGGAGAGCACCGAGACGGAGAAAGACGUGGAAGAGGUGAAGAAGGAGGAGGUGCCCGACGACGCCGAGGAGAGGCGGUUGAGUGUCGCGGCCAGCAAGGCUCUCUUCGAAGCCAAGAUCCCCGCUGCCUCAGAGCCGACUAAGUCAAGCAACAAGGUGGUUGUCAACGGCUACGGUGCACAGAAGACGGAUGUGAGGCGGACCAGCCAACCCAGCGAGACUAUUCCUGAGACCAAAGCUGAAGCUGAUACCAAGCUUUCGGAGAAGGAAGAGAAGAAGGCAGAGAAGGAGGAGGAGAAAGAAGAGAAGGAUGAUGGAAAGGAAGAACAUGAUCAGGUUUUUGCCAAUAAGGAGGAAGCAGAAGAAGCUAAAGAAGAACCAGUCAGUCUCAAAGAUAGAAUCUCGAGGUUUCAGAACUUGGCCACAAAGACGUCGGUGAAGGGCCUCACAGCUCACGUCCCAACAAGAAGUAGCCCUUCGAAGCAGCGGCCUGCCUCAACGAGCAACAUCGAGAACAAGGAGUCGCCCAAGAAGCUUGCCCCAAAGGUGAAAGAUGAUUUCUCCUCCCCAACUGACACACUAGACUUGGUAGACCAGCCUAAAACUAGAGGUUCCGUCAAAGCCCUCAUCAACAAGUUCCAACAAACUCAAAGGGUCAACGGCACCCACAACGGGACCCUCCAGACUGUCCACUAAUCCCUCGUCGUCCUCGCGGCCGCCCCUCCAGCCCAUGAUCGACUGUUGCAUGGUGUGCGAGAAGUCCGCCUACCCCAACGAGAUGAGCAAGUUCGAAGGUCGGGUCUUCCACCGGACGUGCCAGAAGUGCAGCGAGUGCAGCAGGACCUUGACCCUGUGGAACCUGGAUAUCGCGGACGAUCGUCUCUUCUGCAAGCAGCAUGGCACGGUGGUCAAGAACAAACAACUCAAGGAGAAACUGAUUAUAUGAAAUUAAAGCAGAUGGAGUUCCGAGCCAGACUGCCUUUGUUCAUCAAAUGUCCCUUCCCCUAAUCUGCUUGAAGACAUGGACUAUCCAUGCAACACUUCCUUCGCUCAUCAGAUAUUCCUUUAUCCCUUCGCAGGAAGAUUGAGACUAUCUGUGCAACAAUAUCUUCACACAUUAAAUGUCCCUUUUCCUCUGAUCUGCAGGGAGACCUAGCCUUGGCGUACAAGACUGCCUUCACUCUUCAAAUGUCCUUUUCCCUCUUUGCUAGAAGGCCAGACUUGGAGCAAUAAUGUUUCCUGGUGUGCUUGACACUCCUGCAUUAAGGGCCCUGCUAAUCUCCCCAAAUCUUCUCAUGCCUACAUAACAGUCUAUUGGUAGCAGAUCCAGUUGGGGGAGGAGGUCCUAUCAACAAAAUGUGAAAGUUGUUGAUAAAGACAAUAGAAAACUGUUUUAAAAGUUAGUUGGCCCCCUUCAAUCUUGGAUCUGUCACCUCUCCCCAUUUCCAAACAUUGUACGCAACGCCUGGUGAUUUCACACCAUGUGACGGUUCCAUUCAGACAAUGUUCUCAUGCAUUGCUUGUCAUUUACUUCUCUGGACCAGACAAGGUAGCCAGUAGCCGGUGUCAAACAAUUCUUGUUGAUGUUUAGGUUAAAACUCGCCUUUUCAUCAGCUGGAUAAUUUUUGCCAUGCGGUGAUGAUACUACUGUAAAACGAAUGCCACAAGGCAUCUACAUCUACUAGUAUCGUGAGAUGAAAACUGAAAAAAUGUUAGAUAAUUUGAUGGACAAUAUUCUUUGAUGUACUUGGACAGAAUAGCAAGCUUGCAGAUUUGGUAGCACUUUGCUGACUUUCCACUUUUUAGUGGUUGCAGAAAGAUUUAUUUUCACAUCAUCACAACGGAGACUGACUGAUAUUUAGCAUUUUUCAUUUGACUGAUGUGUAGAUUCAAGUAGUUCCCAGCACACGUGCACACCAAAUUAUUCAAACAACACUUUUUUUUUUAAAUCAUGUAGAAUGUUGUGUGCUACCAUAUUCAUUUACAUGCAUGUAGCUUUGUUGCGCUGUUAAAACAUUUUAUCUCAAAAAUUUAAACAUUUUAAGGGCGGCUCAGAAAAAGCUGCAUUUCAGAAAUAUACUCUGGUGGCAACCUUAUAUUGUCUGAGGAGAGUCUCCUAAUUCCUUUAGAAAACUCUAUAUAGGCAAAAGGUAAUUGCUACUUAUGUCAUAACUCUAAAAUCAGGUGUUCUGAUUUUAGAGUUAUAUCUAAAUUUUGAGUUCCAAUCUUUUAACAGCCCAGUGGUGUGGACAUCACCAACUUUGCUACAUUUAGUAUAGGAGACGAGUGUUGGGUUAAGGUUGUAAACAAAGUUGUACCUACAGAGGGAAAAAAAAGGUUUAGGAAAGUAGCAGAAGAAUUUAUUGCGGUUUUCAAUCACCUGGUGGGUGUUUCAUAAAGUCGUUCGUAAGUUAAGAGCGACUUCAAGAAUGACUGGUGAUCCUUUCUUAUGGUAAAUGAUUUUCACCAUUGAAUGUUCAAUGGUGUAUUUUUAGCACGUAAGAAAGGUUCACCAGUCAGUCUUAAAGUGGCUCUUCACUUACGAACAGCUUUAUGAAACACCCCCCUGUAUUUGAUUAGCAUAAGCUUGCCUAGUUUCAUAGAGACACACUUAUUCACACGUUCUUUCAUCUAAAAGUACAUGUAUGCACUCACGCUGUUCAAAGUUAAUCCAAAAACCUGUUACCAAUUUGAGCAACACAUGGGAUAUUAUUGCUGGCAUCAAAAAACUCAUUAUUUGAUCCAAAUAUUUGAAAAAUAUUACCAGAAUUUUGUGCUUUUGAUGGUGGUGCUGAAAACAUGAACAAAAUGAAGUACCAGUCGUUUUUCAGUAGUUCAGAGAGAGUUAAAGCACUUUAGGUGACCUACAUCACUUGCAAGGUUGCAUGUGUCAAAUGCAUUCACAUGACUUGUCUCAUAACGAGACAUAUUUAGGUGCAAUUGGAUUGAGUUAUUUUCUCAGUUUUCUAAAACAAUACCCUGUAAUGUGUUUUAUAUGUAAAUAAUGUGAAUGAUGUAUAUGUAUGUCUAGGAUGAAACAAAUAUUAACAAUAUAUGAGCAGAAAUAACAUUUAUAUUUUGUACGUUUGACAUAUAAUCAGGAAUUUUGUAUCUUUGGAUGUUGUGGGUUAAGGCUGAAUUUAUAUUUCAUCUGUUAUGCACUCUUUUGUAAAAUUUUCAGAUCGUUGAAUCGUAGUGACUGUAUACACGAAACUGUAUGGUUCAUAUUAUUUUCUUUCUUGAAACGUGUAGUGCCCGUAAUUUGUCGGGUGAAUCUUUCUGAAUCCUUCUUUGCUUUGAAAAGGAGCCAUUGUGUGCUUAAAGUUGUAUUUUUGUAAGAGCCAAUAUGUUUUGUAGCUGAGCAGUGUGUUGGUUUUCUUUACAAUCAGAGACAUUUUCAUUUCAACAUAGAAUUUUGAUGCCAUAUUUUCAUUUUUUUUCUUUGAAAAAAAAAAUGAUUCAAACAUUACAGUAGAGACAGUUUUGAGUAGACCUACUUUUAACCAAAGAAAGUCAUUGCAUUCAUUAAGUCAAUUACUAACAGGCAAAUCAAGGUGGGCAUGUCCCUCUACAUACAAACUAGCACAGAUAAAUCUGAAAAAAAAAAUUGUCAUCCAUUUCCCAUCUAAUGUUCAAAUGUGCUAUUUGUGUUCUCUCUAUUUCAAAAUCCUGGGCCCGAUGCUGAUUGAUAUGUAAUUAGGAAAAUCAUCUUCUUUGAAAGCUGCAUAUAGUGAUAAUGAGUUUGAUGCUGACAAGAAAAUAUGGAAAUAUGAUUUUCUUUUUUUUUAAUUACUAGUUCAUGCACACACACUGUUAUGAUUAUGACAAUUUCAUAAAGCACACAGAGGCAUCUCUUUUAUUGAUUGUUUGAUGUAAUGUAAAAUUUGAUUUGUUGUCCAAAUACAUGUUCUCUUUCACUAUUUCACAUUCCUUUUUGGGAGGGGGCUCUUCUUUUAGAAAGUAGUAUUUGUAUGAUUCAUCGAUAUUAUCUUUGAAUAAAACUCUUUGAUGAACAGUCUGAAGAGGUUGUAUUUAAUAAUUAGUUGUAGUGCAAUGAGAUAAAAAUAAUAUGCUUUCCAAGGAGUUGCUUUAUAUUUUUGUCUUUGUAUUACUGAAUUUUAUCCCAUGGUUGACAAGAAAAAAAACUGAAAUUACAUGUAUUAUGGUAGCUAAUCUCAUUUUCACUGUAAAGCAUAACAAAUAUAUUCUCUGUGGAGAUUAAAGGAAUAAGUAUUCAAAUAAAAUAAGUAAAAACACGAUAUUCAAUUAAUGUAUUCUCUUUUUUAAAGCGACUUGGUUACUAUUCUACAUUUUAUGAAACAAACAUCCCAUAAAUGUAUUCUUAAAUCACAAGAUAUUCAUCGAAUGUAUUCUCUAUUUUUUGAAGCAAAAUGAAAAAUAAAAACAUUCCAUGUUUUAUUGACUUUCAUUGUGAUUCAUUUAUGUAUUCCAAUUUAUUUUUUUUCUCAUUUCUUUGCUACUAUCAAUUUCAUUUCUGUUUUCUAAUGUUUUUUAGGGUAUAAGAAAGGCUCCAUUUUGGCUGGUCCUUUUCAGGACCAACACAUGCUCACAGAAAAUACAUGAUGUACCAUGAAGCCGCUGUUAUUCAUCGCCAUAGAAACCUGCAGAAAUUAAUACAGUCAAAAUGGUUCCUACAUAUUGUAUUUGCUUAACUUUUUUAUCUAAUGGGAAUCGUUUUUUUUACAUUUCAAGUGAUCAAUCGCUUGAUUCAGAAGUCUUUAGUUUAAUAGAUAGGUUGUGAAAUUAAAGUUUGAUUUAUUAGCAGUUGGGUUUCUUUUAUCAAUUUCAGUAUACACAUUAGAAGCAAAUUACAGCAAAAAUAUGAUGCAUUUGAGUUUAGUGAACUGCUAGUCAACUAUUUAUAUUCAAUCAUUUAUGUAUUCUCUUCAUAAUGAACAUUUAUUUUAGUUCUUGUGAUCAUAUAUAAUAACAUUUUUAUACCAAUGAAGUGCAGUGGAUUUAAGUUGUUUUAAUCAUGAGUCAAUUAAUGAAAAGAAAACAAAUUAUGGAUAUGUGGUAUAUUGAAAUGCAUGUGUUACAAGUGCCUGCAAUAUAGGUAAAUACCACAUCGUGCCUACAAUAUCCAAUAAGUAGUAAUAUUAUUGGUGAGGUAAGAGAAAAUGCCCAUCAGGCAUGCCAGAUAUGGAGGGAAAAAAUAAUUUAAAAAAAAGUUAAAUGUUCAAAUGUUUUUUUCAAUCCAGAAAAUGUUAGAUUUUGCACAAGAAAAAGGGGGAGAACGCUACUUGGUCUGGCUUUGACAAUGACUUGAAAGAAAUCACCGCACUUGGUCGUUUGAUUGUUUAAAUAUGAACACUAUUGUAUUUUAAAAACACAGUCAUCUUCAUAUGGUUAAGCUAAUGUUUUUCACUUAGUCGCAUAAUAGUUUUAUCCAAAAGGACAGUUUUCACAAAUAUGUCAUGUUCAACUUUAAGAGAAAAGGGAAUUUCUAGUCUCUCUCUGUGUCUUACUUGAUGUUUUCUCUCCUAACUUGGAAACUUGGAGAAGUAUACCCCUCCUAGAAGUAAAGCCCCUGUACUGAUAAGUUGAGGCCAAAUUUGCGACCAUUCCGAUGCCAUACAACACUUUAUGAUCAAGGACAUGCAAAUAAUCACACGUUCAAUUGUAACAUUGGUUUAAUAUAGGAAUGGAUAGGUCAAACUUUGGUAUUAGAUUUUUUUCUUCUUCAUAUUUGUAUAAGAUGUAUAUGUUUCAAUUGGAAUGUUUUCCCUUGUAGUGUUUAUGUACUUAAGCACGCAAGACUUAUAAAACCAGCAUGUAUUCAUAUAACUUCAAUGUAGUUUAGACCAAUUAGUAUUCCAUACGACAUGCAUACCUCAUUUUUGCAUGUCUCUGCAUGUUUUCUUUAUUAAACACAUUCAAUAGAUUUUGAAUUCCUAAUGGUGAUGUUUCAAAUUGAGGAAAGACAUGCCAGAUUUUAUACGACAAGCCUUAAUCGUGUCACAUUUCUAUAAUUAUUAUUGUGGAGUAGCAUAACAUCUCUCUGUGUAUAUAAUGAUUCAUAUAUAUUCAUAUGAUAUUGUAUUACAAAUAUUCUCUUUAUAGAUGAAAAGAAAAAUCAAAUCAAAUUUUUUUUGUGUAAAUAUACUCAAGAAUUUCCUCUUAGAUGUCAUGUUUUGGUAAUCAAUGAAUACAAAAGAAUCAUCUAUAUGGGCACAUCGGUUCCAUGACAUUUGCUCUGGCGAACAAUUGCUCCGGCGACAAUUGUUCUGAUGGAAAAUCUGUACAUUAAGCGAAACAUAAAACCUAACCACCAAAACUAUAUAAAACCCUAAUCCUAAUCUUUACAUUAUUCUGAACUAAUAACUACUACAAUCCUGACUCUAAUCCUAUUCCUUCUGAGUUAUUAAAACCGGAGCAAUUGUCGCAGGAGCAAAUGUUGUGUCACAAAUGUGCCAUAUACUUUUCGUAAAUGUUAGUAAUGUUUGUGAAUAUUGUAAAUACUAGUAAAUUACAUUAUAUAAGCCAUUGUGUAAAUAAUUACCCGUAUGAGGCAUGGAAAUUGUAACGAUAUGAAAUGUAGGACAUACAGUAUUCGUGUAUCAUGUUCAGUCUAUUUAGAUAUGUAUGCGACAGUAUCAGUUAUGUGUUGAUAUUUCUUCUCUUUGUAAACACUUUCUCUUUUUUUGUACCAGUGUCCACUUAUCCUUGUUUUGUAAAUCUCUCACAUGCGGUGCUAGUUGAGAAUUUGACCAAGAUAGAAAUAAAUAAAGAUGUGAGCUUAUUAUACUGAUUAACAUUA